CCACCUUACACACUCAUUAGGUUGAACUGUAUGUCAAUCUCCAUCAACAAAAACAAGUGUUCAGAUACAGUGUUUGAAUAGUCUUCUCAACAACCAGUGAGUGAAAGAAAUUUUGGUUAUCCUUGGGCUCCCAUUUUUGGUUUAGCCUGGUGACAGGUAUCAUGUCGUAAUGCUCAUUUGUCAGCUUUGCAGUGAAUGUCCAUGUCUGGGCAAUACUACACCAAAGUGCAUAUUUACAUAGUUCUUAAUAUCAUUUGGCAUGUAGGAGUCCAGCAUUGAAGCAAGCAUCUCAGACAGUAGUACUUGAUGUUGUAAGCUUAAAGGACACCAGAAACCUUUUUCAAAGAAAAACCCACAAUUUCACUAGAAGAAUGAGGAUUUAGCCCAUCUAUCUAUGUUUCCCUAUACCUUUUGCUAAUAACAGUUCCCAAUUUAUGAGAGAGAAAGCAUGUUGAGGCUUGGGAUCUGGUGGCAUGGAUUACUCUGUUAAUAAAAAAAAGAUAGGAAGGAUAUGGGGGAAGGAGAUAAAAGACCUCUUACUAGGUUGUGAGUAAAACCUGUGAAAGGAGGGAGACAAAGUCUUGAAUAGUUUCCUUUACCGAUGGUCAUUUCUUUAUAUUCAAAGAGGGAAUUCAUCAUCUGCAUAGCCUCGUACUCCUCCCUCCCCUAGUCCCACUCUAGAAGGGACACUGUUUUGGAAAUCUCACCUAAUAAGAAGGUCAGUCCACAUGACAGUUGAUGGAUGGGAGGGAAUCCCUUACCCCUUUCUCCUUUUCUUCUAGCUGAGGCUAUUGUUAUACAUAUAUAAUCCACAGGUAGAAACCACUCUUAAGGGCUUCAGUCAGCAAGUAAGUAGUGAAAUAGUUACUACAAAUCCUUACAAGCAAAAGAUACUGUACUAGUAAAAAGGAUGAUUAUUUAGAAAUGUCUUCAUUAUCUUCUCAAAAACAAGCUUUACAGUAAAGCAAGUUUCCUUGAUAGAGGAUGGCAAAAGACCUAUACAUACAGAGAACAAACUGAGGGUUGCCAGAGGGCACGGUGGGGGAGGGGGUGCAAAAUGGGUGAGGGGGAGAUACAGGCCUCCAGUUAUAGAAUGAGUAAAUCAUGAGAAUAGAAGGCACAGCAUAAAGAAUACCAUCAGGGAUACUAUAAUGUAACAGGACACAUGGUAGCUACAGUUGUGGUAAACAUAGCAUAAUGUAUCAACUUGACAAAUCACUGAGUUGUACACCUGAGAUGUAACGUGUAUCGACUAUACUUAAAAAAAAAAAAAAAAAAGAUGGGGGGGGGGAGGAUAUAUUUUACAGGUACCCUGGGAGCUGUUGAGGGAUCAGCCAGAGGGGUAAGAAGUCAUGAUUCAAGAAAAUCAGAGUGAGUUGAAAAUAAAGCAACAAGGAAGUUAGGUUUGAAAAUUCAAAUUUUGUUGAAUUCUAAAGAUAAAGGUAUUUCUUAUGUUCUGUAGAAAGCUGGGGUGUGUGUUUCAGCAAUGGAGAAAGUUGUGUGGUAAACGUGUCUCUGUGUAAUACACACAGCUUCUGAAAGUGAGACUGUCAGUCUAUACUUUAUAUGUAUUUACACCUGUGACUCAAGAUGGUUUAGAAGGCAUGUGCCUUGGGGAAGUAUAUAUAUAUAUGGACAUAUAUAUUGUGGUAACAGGACUUGUUCUUCACUUUAGACUUCAUUGGAGGGUUUUAACAUAUUUUCGAAUGUUUUCAUCUAAACAGUAGCUCCCAAGAUGGCUGGCUGCCUGUUCUGGGUUUGCCUUAAGGCCAUCAUUUCAAACAAACAUUUUCACUGCUGUCAGAGCUCUGCAGUAUUCCCAUUUUCAAAGCCUCUUCUAUUAUAGUAAAUCAUACCCCUGCGGGUUCUAAAGAUACUAAAAAUACUUUUCUCUUGUUCUCUUUUACUUUAAGGUCCUUAGGGACCUUAUUUUCUUCAACUUCUUUUAUCUGGGGAAAAAAAACAAUACUUCUUACAUCAGUUCCCUAGGCAUGUUGGAGGACUCUUUUAUAUACUUUACUGAAAUAUCAUUUUAAAAAUGACACUUCCCAAGGACCAGUUUUUCCAUUUGUGUUUACGUCUGCAUCAUAUGAAAUUUCAAAUCGAUCAGGUGACCGUUUUUUUAAAUAAAAAUUUAAAAACUCAUCUAACACAAGUUUAGAACAUACAUCCUUUUUAAAUCUCUGUGUUCUGAAUAUUUAAGAGCAACGCCCCCCCCCCCCAAUAAGCCAAGGGGUGUGUGUGUUUAAUGGAAUACUAAAACAAACGCCGCCUCAGUUUCUUUUAAAACCUCAAGGCAAACACGUGGUUAUGGGUCUGACAUUGCUGGUCUGCUGGCCUUUUGUGACUAGAUAUUGACCAGCAGAGUGAAAAUUGCUUGUCACUCUCUGAUGGGCUUGAUCUGGCUUCUUGCCUAGAGAUAGAAAAUCAGGCCUUCCAGGAACAUUGGUAAAUUUUAUCUACAUUUAUAUUGCCUUUUCUGUUUCUACACAAUAGUUGCGGUUCAAUGAAACAAGUUCCUGUCAAUAACAAAGAGUUGAUUUCUUAUCCUAAUAACUUAGGUAUGACUUCCUGAUACUGUUCAAAAUAGGAAAAGAAAAAUCCUUUUAUUUGUUUUGUUAACAGAAUAUUAUUAUUUAAUAUUAUUAAGGAGCAAGGGUGGGAGUUUUUAAAAUUAGGUAACUUUGGGACCCUUUCAGCCUUGUCAUUGUCUCACAGAUCCUCUUCUAAGUAAUUUUAAAACAAAGUUUGAAGCAGCUGCCCUUUGUAAGAACAUUACAAACCAUGCUUACAUGGCACACAGCUGGGCUUACUGCUCAUGGUCAUUACUCGUGGGUCUUCUCCAGCCUCUCUGAAGGAGCAAGGUUAAAAUCACUUCCCUCCACCCUCCUUUGUUUUAUGUACAUAUUGUAGCUGAUCGCCAGAAUUUUUGACCAUACUUUAUCUAUAAAUAUAAAAUUGAAGUUCUUGAGAAUUAACCGUUUAAGUUAAAAUAAUUAGGAAGAGCUUGCCCCAGGUUGACUAAUUUAUAGUUUUUCUUUGUAUUACCAGUUUUUUUCCUCCAGUUUUUCUAUUGAAAAGUAUUCCUGAACCCAUAAAGACUUGUUAAGAUAUCAUUCUAGAAUCCCCACUAUUUAUUAUAGUUGUUAUAGUAACAGUGGAACCCAAGUUUUUUUUCAGAGCAUUAUUCAGUUUUUCAUAUGUAGGCAGAAAUGAUUUCAGGGGAAAGGUGAACCCAAAGCCCCAGUUGUGGGCAUGAGGCUCCAAUUUCCUAAAUCAUUUGUGGUUAUAAUGAUGGAUAGAUACCACCUUGUCUGGCACCUGGUCCACAGCUUUCCUGAAGUCUGCUAUAAGAGGGAGUAAAGGGCAGCCUGGGGGCCCCCAACAAGAGCUGGAGGCCUUGGAGCUGGAGGAGGGUCUGGAUGACCUGGAGGGUAGUUCCAAAGCAGUGUUGCCACAGCCCCUCUUCGGCAUUGCUGUGAUCAAAUGCUCAUAGGAAAGCCUGAAGAGAGAGCAGAUGUGUAUGUAGGGGAAGAAAGCUGUGUAGUCGAAAAACAGGGUUGUUAUUCUUGAGUUGUACAGAGAAUUGCGUUAACAGUAAAGCUUUGUGCCAUUGACAGGGUGUGAAAGAGGUAACCUGUGUUACUCUGAGACUUGUGACCUGCCCUGCCUAUGUCUAGCCAGCCAGAGUGAAUGGGGCCAGGGUUAGCUGCCUUCAUCUAUGCAGUCACAAAGGUAAAGGUGAUACUGGAGAGGAUAUUCCCUCCUGGGAGGCCUUGGCCUCACGCCCCAGCAACCUUGGCCAGACUGGCUAAAUAACACCUUUGUCUGAGACAGGGUUAUGCGUGUUCUCCUCUUCUACACCCUCAUGACAAGUCAAGGUGGCUUAAGAUCAAGAAGCAAGGACAUGGAUGUGGACUAUCCCUCCGAGCAGCUCUAAAGUAGGGCCAUGCACAUUGCCUUCCUGCAUGAGUUCCAUCUCGGGAAAAGUCAAAGGAGCCAGAGAGGCGUUGAAUGUGGAGCUGAACUAACAAGAAAAGGAAGUGUCAGAGCCCUAGAGAAUAAGAGACGCUCGCUGCUGGUGAGAGAGGGUAUGGCCAGGAUUCCUGGAAUUGGAAGAUCUUCAGCUUCACCAUCUUUGGAGAACAAGGAAGAACAUGAACGAGAUGUGGCCCUUCUUAGUCACAAGGAUUCUGACAGAGGGCACACAGAGGAGCAGCUGGCACACCAGGAGCCCUCCAACCUUGAUCCAAGCAUGCAGGCUCCACCCUGCAGCCUCCCCGCUGGGCUCAGCCUGGACGACUUCAUCCCUGGCAAUCUCCGGGCUCACAUAGGGUCAUCCUCUCAGGGGGUACGGGUGCCUGUGAUCCGGAAUGGUGGCUCCAACACCCUUAAUUUCCAGUUUCAUGACCCUGCGCCCAGGACCGUGUGCAAUGGGUACUCACCUUCCAGGAGAGAUGCUUCCUGGCACCCAGACCCUGCCUGGUAUCAGACCUGGCCAGGUCCUGGGAGCCAGCCCCCUGGGAGCCAGAAGACCCCUGCCUCCCAGCACCCCCACAACUGGUCAGCCACAUGGACCAAGGACAACAAGCGUCGGGACAAGCGCUGGAUCAAGUAUGAAGGAAUCGGGCCUGUGGAUGAGAGCGGCAUGCCUAUUGCCCCCCGAUCUAGUGUUGACAGCCCCAGGGACUGGUACCGAAGAAUGUUCCAGCAGAUUCACCGGAAAAUGCCAGACCUGCAGCUGGACUGGACCUUUGAGGAAUCACCCAAAGUGGCUUCCUCCUGUGCGGCCUCUGCAGACUCAAGGCAUCCAGCGCCCCAGCAAAGACCGGCUGCCAGGCCAGGCCAGGCCUCUUCUCUGAGUGGAAGAAGUUGGGACCCCUCUGAAGAGUCUUCUAGAAGCACCUUCAACUGUAAUCCUGGAGCAUCCUCCCUACACCAGACCCCACAUCAGGUGCUCAGACGCCAAGAGAAAGUGGAAAAUGUCUGGACGGAAGAUUCUUGGAACCAAUUUCUGCAAGAACUAGAGAGUGGGCAGAAGCCCAAGAAACCGCUAGUGGAUGACCCUGUUGAGAAGCCCUCCCAGCCCAUUGAGGUCCUGCUGGAGAGAGAGCUGGCCAAGCUGAGCGCGGAGCUGGACAAGGACCUUCGGUCAAUUGAGACCCGGCAGCCAUCCCCCAAGAGUUCCCAAGUGCCCCGACGGUGCCGGGAGCCGCGGCCUCCAGCGCGCCCGGCUUCCGCCUGGAGCUCCAGUUACCCGAAUGCACUUUACCAGGGUUCCUCCCGGCCCCUGAGCCCCCACAGAAUGGCGGAUGGAACAAGCCCCUUUCUAGGUCGCAGGGACUUUGUCUACCCUACCUCGGCCCGGGACCCUAGUGCCUCUGAACGAGGGGGCAGCCCAGCCAGGAAGGAAGAGAAGAAGAGGAAGGCCGCCAGACUCAAGUUUGACUUCCAGGCACAGUCCCCCAAGGAGCUGACUCUGAAGAAGGGUGACAUUGUCUACAUCCACAAGGAGGUGGACAAGAACUGGCUGGAAGGGGAGCACCAUGGUAGACUGGGCAUCUUCCCUGCCAAUUAUGUGGACGUGCUGCCUGCAGAUGAGAUCCCUAAGCCCAUCAAGCCUCCAACCUACCAGGUGCUGGAGUAUGGAGAAGCAGUGGCCCAGUACACUUUCAAGGGGGAUCUGGAGGUGGAGCUGUCCUUCCGCAAGGGGGAGCGCAUCUGCCUGAUCCGCAAGGUGAAUGAGAACUGGUACGAGGGGCGCAUCUCCGGCACAGCGCGCCAGGGCAUCUUCCCUGCCAGCUAUGUGCAGGUGUGCCGUGAUCCCCGGGUCCGGAUCUGUGACGAUGGCCCCCAGCUCCCUGCAUCUCCCCGUCUGACCACCGCCCGUCUGGCCCGGCACUCCAGCUCCCCAUUAGCACCACACAGCCCAGUCGAUCCUGACUGGGGGAGCCAGACCUCCCCCCGCCGUACUGGCUUCUCCUUCCCCACCCAGGAGCCCAGAGCCCAGGGCCAGGGUUUAGGCACCCCUGGGUCAGCUCUGUCCCAUCCUGGAGGCUCCAGCCGUCCCGUGGACCUGGGGACCUCCCCCAACACCACUCAAAUACACUGGACCCCGUAUCGGGCGAUGUACCAGUACCGGCCCCAGAAUGAGGAUGAGCUGGAGCUGCGGGAGGGGGAUCGGGUGGACGUCAUGCAGCAGUGUGAUGAUGGCUGGUUUGUGGGUGUCUCCCGGAGGACCCAGAAAUUUGGGACAUUCCCUGGAAAUUAUGUAGCUCCGGUUUGAGUGGUGGUCUCCGUGGCAACUCAGAGCCAAGCCAGGAUGGGGUGGGGAGCGGUAGCACUUACAGGAGGGAGAGAAGAUCCCCCCUCCCUCCCUUCCCCAAGACCUGAGCUGCUGGCAUCUGCAGACAACUCCAGCAGCCAUUCUUUGGAGCCCCCUCGAAGCCCCCUGGACUGCUUCCCACCCACAACUCACAAACAUUCCUCCAACAGCCUUUUUAUUUCCUCCCCUACCACACUCCCCAAAUAUAGAGGUCUGCUUUGAAGUGGAGACUGUUUCCAGGCCUUAUUGAGACCAGACCCUGGAGCCCCCCACCCCGCCCUGCUAUGGCAUUUCCUCUAACAGGGACCAGCUCCCAGCUUCACCCCCAUGGGGUUCUUCUAACAAGGACCAGCUUCCUAACCUAACAGAGACCAAAGGCCGCCUCUGCCUGGAGGAGAUUCCUCCUCUUUCAGUCCAGCUUACCUGCUGGCCCCUUUGCCUUCCUGCCUCCAGCUGGGAUUGGGAGUGAGGUGGGAGAGGGACACAGCACCUCCUUAGUGCCCAAGGCCUGGUAAGAGGUCUUGCCUGAAGGCACCCUCUUCCCAAAGGCUGCCAGCCCUGGGCUUGGGCUGUGUGGGCCAUCCUGCUGCUGUAGUGCCCAGGAAGGGGUGGGCCUCAGAGGACUGGCCUAUUCCAGGUGUUUUCCCAGAAGACUGAUGUGUGCUGCCCUCCAGCCUCCCCAGCUCCUCCAACCCCCAAGUCCCCUCUGAAAGAGAAUGUCAAAUAAAUCUGGAUACCAGGGA